AUGGCAGCAGAAACUAUCCCUCCCCUCGACGGACUAUUAGGCGCCGCCGAAAUCGGUGGUGUCGUCGGGACUUUCCUCUUCGGGAUAGGCACAUUGCAGACAUUUAAUUAUUUUCAAGAUUAUCCGUCCGAUGGUCCCAUUCUCAAAACUGCGGUUGCUAUUCUUUGGUUUCUUGAGCUUGCCCACUCUAUCUCCACCUGGCAUGGGUUGUACUCAAUCAAUGUUACAUUCUAUGGCCAGCUUGGACACCUGCUCAAUCCUCCUCAAUCACUGGCCAUCUCUAUUCUGUUUACAGGGCUUGUGAUUCCCUUGGUGCAGACAUUUUAUGCACUCCGUAUCCGCAGUCUGUCAGGUCGCUGGAGCAUCACAGCCAUUUGCUCUGUGCUCACCUCCCUACGCUUUGUCUUCAGCAUGGUCCUCAUGUCCCUGUUCCUCCACUCUGCCGGAUUUACAGUUCUCCAUACUGACAUCAAAAUCUAUUGGGUGUUCACUCUGGUUGCAUCACUGGGUCCAACUGUAGAUAUUAUAACUGCCACUUCACUUUGCUAUCUUUUAUGGCAAAAAAGGACUGGAUCAACAAGAAUAGCAUCAACACGGCGAAUUGUUGAUGAUCUGAUCCUGUGGACUGUUGAAACAACAGCUAUUACUUGUCUUGCUGGUAUUAUGCAACUUAUCAUGUUCCUGACCAGGGAUGAUCUUACCUGGAUUACCUUUUAUCUAUUACAACCUAAAUUAUUCUCCAACUCAAUGCUUGCAUCGUUGAACAACCGGAAAAAACUGCGCUCAAAGAAUACCAUCAUUACUGUGAGCUCGGGGGCCUCCAGCACUCUGCCACAACGACCUACAAAUAUGGUCAUACAAAUGCAUCGCAUGAUGGAAACUACUUCAGAUCGAGACAAACAAGUAUUAUCUAUGGAUGCUAUGGAUAUGGAGAGAGGAGCUGGUGCCAGUGAAUAA